CCACCGGAGUACCCCUUUAAUGUCAGGAAGUGUUGUGGAUGGAGUUUAGAACCAGGGGCUCUUGAUAAAGCUGUCAUUUCUGGGUAGUAGUGGAGGCUGUGUAUGAGUCCGGAUGACUGGUUAUUACGGAGGAUCUGAUGAUGGUUGAGCUGCUGCAGCCUGUGCUCUGGAUGUUGUUGCUUGCAGCUAGUAGUGGGUGGAGGAACCAGGAAAAGCUGUAUCUGACAGCUUGGGAUCCUAAUCGAGCAUCCUCCUUGUUACUAUGGCAACCUUGUGGGAUGGAUGCGUGAUAGGCAGGAUGCCAUGUCAGCGUGUGACCUCAUCCUUCUCCUCCUCCAUAACGCUGGUGUGUGGGGACAGGGCGGAUGGGGUCUCCCCGCAGCAGGUGCCCUGUGCCGACCUCUAGUGCCCCCCUGCUGCAGUGCCCCUAUGUCUGUGCCAGGAGGCAGAAGGUCAUCAGUUGGCUCGCGCAGACGAGCCUCGCCUCCUGUGUCUAUGAGGGAUCCUUAUGGGACGUCAUCUCUUAGCAGCAGCACUUCUGGGUCCUAUAAGGGAAGUGACAGCAGUCCUGCAUCCAGGCGCUCCAAUAAAUAUAGUCUGUGCAGUGAAAACCAUGGGAUCAAGCCACCCACCCCUGAGCAAUACCUCACCCCCUUACAGCAGAAAGAGGUCUGCAUCCGGCACCUGAGAGCAAGACUAAAAGACAUGCAGGAUGCUCUACUGGAGAGAGACACAGAGGUGGAUGAGCUGAGGUCUCAGCUGAGCCGGAUGCAGGAAGACUGGAUAGAAGAAGAGUGUCACCGAGUGGAGGCGCAGUUGGCUUUGAAAGCUGCCCAGCGAGAGAUUCAGCAGCUUCGUGAGGUCAUGGAGGGUGUGCGAGGUCGUCUGGGUGAAGAAGAUAUGGGGAUGCAGAAAUAUUUUGCUGACAUUACUCUUCAGAAUCGAAAACUAGAAACUCUUCUGCAGAACAUGGAGUUGGCACAUGAUGGCACCAUACGUGGCGCAGAAGGAGGCGGCUCCGCUGGAGAUUCACCAGCUCGCUCACUCACCCGUAGCUCAACGUACACCAAAUUAAGCGAGCCUCCUGUUGGAGAUCGCCAUUCUCAGGACACUGGAGAUAGUGGGUAUGCCGCCCCAGAUGACAGCAGUGCUGUAUCCUCUGGCCCAGAGUUCUACCUAGGGGAAAGCCCUUUGUGUCUUACUGUUCAGCCCCCAGCAUUAUGUGUAGAGGCGGCUGUCCAGGCCAGCAGCCUCAGUGAUUGUGGAGUGCAGACAGAUGAAGCUUUAGGAUCCCCAGAACCUGAAAUGAUAUUAGAGAAAGUGCUCCAAUCACAAGCUGCGGCCAGCCCCACCACUAUGGACCUCGAAGAGCCAGAAUGUGCAAACGCUGACACAAGCUGUGUGGUGCUAGUAACAGAUGGUACUGUGAAUCCCGAAAAUGCAGACGGCGAGGAUCCAGACGCUCCUCUUAGUUACUGGAGUCGACAUUUCAUUGUAGACCUGUUGGCUGUAUUGAUUCCUGUGGUACCUACUGUAGCCUGGCUGUGCCGUGCACAGAGGCGCCAAGGACAGCCUGUAUACAACAUCAGCUCCCUGAUGCGCGGCUGCUGCUCUGUGGCCCUGCACUCAAUCCGUAGAAUCAGUUGUCGCCCAGUCAGUGCCUCAACCAGCCAGCCCUAACCCUGGCGGCUGCCACUGGACACUUAACUUAGCACUUUGUAGGACUCUGGAAGGGAGGUGUCUUAAAGGGAGAAGGGUAUUCUCCAGUAGGUGGUUUAUACGCCAAUGUGUCACUAACUGUGUCCUGCUACAGUAACAAUCUUCACAUGCGGUAUACUAUGAUAAACAUUUCUGGAUUUUGGAUGGGUUAUCUGCUCUUCCUGAGGCUGGGGGUCAUUAUGCAAGUCGGACUCUGGCCUGCAUGGUGCACUGUGUGUUGUUGACACGGUCUGCUGCAGUCAGUUGUGUACAUACCUCUAGGACCGAUAUAUAGAUGCUGCUGAUCCAAGUACAGAGGUUCAUCUGCCCAUCUACCGACAACAGAUCUCAUCUACCAGCACCAGGUCUUCUAUAGAGCCUGUAUCAUUACCACAUGUUAGUGUACAGGAAUCUUUCCUGCUCUCAUGUAAGCCAUGUACUUGCUUGUAAUGACGUACGUGUUUGCUAGCAAAUCAUAUGACCUGUUGGAAUGUGUGGGAGUGGUGAGUGGUCAUUGAAUGUACUAUGUACAUAUAUGUUGUAUGUGUGAACUAUUGCUGUGUAUAUGUGCCCUGGGCCGGUCCUGACUGCAAUUGUUCCAGUGUCUUGUCCUGAACCCAGACCCUUUAUCCUUUCUUCGCUGCUGCCUCUCUCCUUUUUUCUUUUCGUUGCUUAUGUGACAUGGCUUGGAGCAUUGUGCUUAUGACCCAGAGCAUGACCCCAGUUAGGUGCAUGCCGGGAGCAUGCCCUAUAUGCCAUGUACAGUACCUGCAGCUACCUCCCUUGUGUGUGCCCAAGCCCCACAGUGUCAAAUGACUGCUGGAAAUUGUCAUUGGACCUUGGACCUCACAAUAAUCAUUCUGUUACAUUGUGGUCUGCAAAACUUUUUGGUUGGGCAGGAACCCGCUAAUAAGUGCUGCCGCCAUCUCUGGCACACACUGCUGCGGCUUAUAGGCUCUGCUAUAGUUGGCUAGGUCCUCUGCACUUGGGGGGGCAGCAGUGCUUUCCCUUUAUAUUGGCCCAUCCUCUGUAGGAGCUGUAGUAUCUGUGCUGGUCACUCAUGCUGCAAUGUGUCUAACGUUCACUCGCGGCACUGUUGGGCAUUAGCACAGACUCCACAGGGACUGGGCUAAUCUUUUCAGCACUUAAAAAAAAUCAAUAAAAAAAAAUCUUUGCACUUACUCAAUCCUCUGUUUUCUGGGAGAGGGCGACCAAUGCUACCCGACACAUGGUCCUGUUACUCCCUCCCACCAAGCUUUGCGGACAGGACAGCUGAUGUUAGAAUGAAGUCACUGAUGCUAUAAAUCUAUAUAUAAAUAGAGAGAUCUAUAUUUUUGAUGUUGCUUGUCAUUUGUUGUCCAUCCUGCCGAAUGUAUUAAACUGGCCUGAGCCACAUCAACAUCCAAGUCC